UUCAAAACACAAUUUUUAAGGCUCCAACGUAAGACAAUAGUGUGAGUGAGACAAAAGGGUUGUGUUUUGUACCUCAAUCAUGCCUUCAGGUCCUAAGAAGAGAAAAGCUGCUAGGAGAAAGAAGGAAAAGGAAAACAACAACAUUAACAUCAACCUUUCAUCAACCAAUAACCCUCUUCAAGGAAAUGAUGAUUUGAAGUACCAAAAUGAGGUGGAAGAGAGAGGCCUGUCAGCUGUUCGACCAAAUGCUUCUGAUGUGAAGUCUGUGGAAGAAGUUUGUGGCGAUUUUAAGAUUGAAAAAGUGUUAGAAGGGAAGGAGGACAGUUUUGUUACGAUAAAGAGAGAUUUGAAAUCUGAGGAUAGUUAUGAGAGAGAAAAUGGAAAGCCUGAGCAUAUUGAAACUGCUAUUGAAUCAUGUUAUGAGAGUGAAAACUGCGGUGGCAUUUCUAACGGUGAAUCCUUGGCUGAGAAGAACUCAAAGGACGAGCUUUAUAAUUUCCUUGAAGAGGAAACCGUAUGUCACGAAAUGGUCAAAUCGGAUGAUUCUUCAGCUUCUGAUAUGACUGCGGUUAAAAUAAAUUCACUUGUUCAACUUGAAGAGACUGGUGGCAAUUCAGCGGCCAAAGAUUCUGUUAAUUCAGUUAAGACUGUGGCUUCUCUGUCUGAGGCAGAAAAGUGUGAUACUGGACUUGCCCCUCUUCCAGAAGUGACUGAUCUUGCUGGUAAGAUGAAUGAGGAUAGUGUGUAUCCUUUAACAAAUGAGAAUGCUACAUCAAGUUUGGAGGAACCUAAGUCAAAGGAAUCUAACAGUGAAGUGUUAACUUCAUCAUUUAAUGGUGCAGUGCAUACUAAGGAUUCUGAGGCCCCAAAAAGCACCAAAAAUCAGCCUUCAGUAAGCUCAGCUCCAAAUUUGGUGCGAAAGACUUCAUGGUGGAGUUGCUGUGGAAUAUUUGAAGUUCUGUCGGGUUCAGAUAGAUAAUUUCAGGUUUGACCUCUUAAGUUAUUCUACCUUGUAAAGCGGUUUGUUGCGGCUCUUUUAACUUAAAAGGUUGUGUUUGAUGACGUAUAUGCUCAUUGCUCACCUCUUAUAUAGACUGACUUGUGGUUGUCUUAAUUACUUACCCUGUUACAUGAUUUCUAACUGGUUUGUUCUUGGCAUUUAAUUAAUUAUAAAUUAUAAAUUAUUAGAGAGAUUGUUGGUGGUAUUUCUUUCAUGUUGUGAUUUCACCAUUUUUGCGAUAUUUUUUGAGAUUUCAUUUUCAUACAAUUCUGCAUGCAAUCUGGAUCGCCAGGCCUGUGUCAAAUUGUGGAAUUGCACGAUCUUUAGAUUUAAAUCACCAUUUUAACAACAUUGCUCUCAUCCACUCUUGGAAUUGUUGCACAUCUUAUUUUGUUUUCAGUUUUUCUGGUCUUACUUAUAAUAAAUUUAUUGUUCUAAACUGUGAGAAAUGUGGUCUGGUUCCUGCUGUGGGCCUGUGGUUCACUCGAAAAAUGAAAAUGAGUUUACUUUUGACAAAUGGAAAAAUCAUUCAUCGGUUUCGAUAUCUAGUUGUAAGUAGUACAUAUUGCCUAGUCAAUAGUCAUACAAUAAGGGCACAAAUUUGCCCAUUGGAUUAGUUCUCAAUCCAACACACCUCGAAGUACUUGAAUCACUUUGAUGAUCCUAUAUUCAAAUGCACAUGGUUAGUUAAGAUGUUACUUCUUAGUCCUAUGUGUUGUUUGUAUCAAUUGAUUUUUAAGUUGCAAUAUUCUUUCUGAUCAUGUAUUUAUUGGGAUUAUCUGUGCAGUCUAUCGCCAUAUUAUUAUACUGUAUGGUUUAUAAUUUAUACAUUUUGACCGUGUAAAUCAUGUUAUGGUUUAUAUUAUAAUAUCUGUUUUCUGCUUUUACUGCACAAAUAUAAGGCGAGGAUCUCAACUUAUAAGUCACUAAUGGAAUGAAACUGAAUCAAUUCCAAACAUCAGAUCUUGACACUUAAGUUGAGCUUUACCAAGUUUAAAUAACUUAUUUUGUUUUUGUGUGCGUAAACUAUAUAC